AUGGCUAAUAAUCUGCUUGCUGAGCGCGGUGGAGAGCCUGUUGGCAAGCACUGGUUUAAGCUUAUAGAAGAGACAAAGGCUAAGCAGGGUAUCUGUAAUAAGGACGUCUAUAACUUUAAUAAAGCUAGCUUUAUAAUAGGCAAGAUUACAACACAGCUAGUUAUAACAGGAGCAGAGAGGAGAGGCAGGCCAAAGACUCUUCAGCCAGGCAAUCGCGAGUGGGUAACGCUGAUUGCUGCUAUCAGCGCUGCUGGCUGGUCAUAUAAGGAGGAUAUCCUACGCGACUGGGCGAUCGCAGUCAGCGACAAUGGCUGGACGAAUAAUGAGCUUAGAGUUGAGUGGCUAAAGCACUUCAACGCUCACACGCAGGCUCGUAGUAUAGGCGCGCGUCGCCUGCUUAUUAUUGAUGGCCACUACUAUAUUAAUAUCUAG